AUGGCAACACUUUCCUCAAUACCAGCAUUGGAGAUGCGCCCGCAUUCACCAUACAGACCACCGGGUGAUAAGUCAGCUUGGUCAACUAAAACUAAUUUAGAACGAGUGAUUUGGAUUUUGCAAACGCCGUUUCGUACUGUUUUAUGUCUAUCAAAUGUUACUGUCUUUUUCGUCACCUACUUUGGUUUUAUGCUUCCAAUUCUUUGGGCUCGAUCUUUAUGGCCAAGAUUGUAUUGGUUUUAUGAAGGGAAGCUUUAUAGUUGGUUACAAGCGUUCAUUGGUUACGCGGGCUAUACUGCUGGAUAUGAUGUGUAUGAAUAUGGUGAUGAUGUUAGGAAGUUAUGUGUUGAUGAACGGAUUAUUCUCAUGUGCAAUCAUCAAAGUACUGCAGAUGUUCCUAUUUUGAUGACUACACUCCAAAGCAAGGGAGUUGCCAGUAGAAAGACGUUAUGGUUGAUGGAUGUCAUGUUUCGUUGGACACCUUUUGGAAUUAUUGCUCAGAUGCAUGGUGAUUAUUUUAUUAAACAAGGGAAAGCAACACGAGAAAAGGAGCUGAUUCGUUUGAAGGAUCAUUUACGAAAAGUUUUUUGGGAUCGUGAUCGGCGAUGGAUUAUUCUUUUCCCGGAAGGCGGUUUCUACUACAAAAGAAUUCAGUCUAGUCAGAAGUACAGUCGUGAAAAUGGUUAUCCGCAUUUGGAACAUGCAACAUUACCCCGAUAUGGUGCCAUUAAAGCAAUUAUGGAGGAAGUUGGUCCAAAGAAAGGUUACAAAUACACAGAUGAUGUAACCACAUUUGAAAAUGGUAGCAAAUUGCAGCUUAUUCGAGAUACAGUUGGAGCGAUCAGAGAAAAAAAAUACAUCAAAGAAAUGCGACCACCAAUAAAGUAUGUAUUGGAUGUAACGAUUGCAUAUCCACACAAAAUGCCGCUUUCACUUGUCACAUUGAGUUUUGGUACUCGUGAACCAUGCGAUAUUGGUGUAUAUUAUAAAAUUUAUGAUGCUACUGAUGUACCAUUUGAAGAUGAAGAGAAGUUGCGUGAUUGGUUGUACAGCGUUUAUCAGUACAAAGAUAAUAUCCUUGAUCGUUAUUACAAAGAAGGCGUUUUUGUAUUUGGCGAAGAAGGCAAUAGAGUAUAUUUUCCAUGGUGGAGAAUUGUGGGACAGUAUAUUUUCUGGUUAACAUCAUUUUAUGUGCAAUAUCGAUUUUAUUCAUUCGUGGAUCUCGCAGCAGCUAGUCAACAUGAACUUUAA